UCAGCUGUUAUGACAUAUUAUGACAUGGUUAUGACCGUGUCAUAAUGUAUUAUGAUGCUGGGUGUCAAGUAAAGUAAUGUUUUCUAAAUUAAAUGGUGAAAAAACAAUUGGAACCAUUUCCCUGUUUGACAGCUAGGUUUUAUGGGUAUUAUGACUCAUACUGUGGUACUCUAUGGAGUUGGAAAGAGCACAAACAGAUCUGGGACCAGGCUAGGCAACUAUAAAGUUACAACUACAGUAUAUAGCUACAUUUGAAAAUGCAGUUUCAUUUGUUAUUUCAUUUUUUUACAUUUUUUUCUCCCCCAGAAGGAGAUGUCUAUGUGUCCAACACAUUUCAUUUUACCCAUAGAUGUGGCCUAGCUUCUGAUUCUGGCAAGCAGCCAAGGUUAAACAGCGACACCCAAUCAGAAUUCAGACUCUGCCUAUCCUAAGUAGAAUAAUGUUUGCCUAGCAACACUCUCUCAUUGGCUUGAAAUGUCUAGAUGCUGGGAAAAUGAAACUUAACAGAAUGUAAGGUGAAACAGCGACACCCAAUCAGAAUUCAGACUCUGCCUAUCCUAAGUAGAAUAAUGUUUGCCUAGCAACACUCUCUCAUUGGCUUGAAAUGUCUAGAUGCUGGGAAAAUGAAACUUAACAGAAUGUAAGGUGAAACAGCGACACCCAAUCAGAAUUCAGACUCUGCCUAUCCUAAGUAGAAUAAUGUUUGCCUAGCAACACUCUCUCAUUGGCUUGAAAUGACUAGAUGCUGGGAAAAUGAAACUAAACAGAAUGUAAGGUGCAGCACAUUGGGCGCUGCUUCAGCUCUCUCAGUGACAACAUGGAACAACAAUUAACAGAUCUGUGCAACCACACUAAAAUAGUAACGGCUCAAGGAAGAGGAAGGAUUCUGAAGAUGCUGUUCCUGUUGAUACUCUGUCUGCAAGACUUCACUGGUCAAUGCCAAGUUUCAGGCCAGCCCUCUGACCUGAGGAUAGUUCUGCUGGGAAAGACUGGAGCAGGGAAGAGUGCAACAGGAAACACCAUCCUGGGUAAAAAGGUGUUUAAAGUGGAGGCUUCUCCAGUGUCUGUAACUGCACAGUGUGAGAAACAGAGUGGAGUGGUGGAUGGGAGGAAGAUUGAUGUCAUCGACACCCCGGGACUCUAUGACACAACAAUGUCUAAAGCAGAGAUGAAAGGUGAAAUAGAAAAGGCCAUCUAUAUGUCAGUCCCAGGACCUCAUGCCUUCCUGCUGGUGAUCAGACUGGGGAGGUUCACAGAGGAGGAGAGGAACACUGUGAAGUGGAUCCAGGAGAACUUUGGAGAAGAAGCUUCAAUGUACACCAUCUUGCUGUUCACACAUGGAGAUCAACUGAAGGGCAAAUCAGUGGAGGAGUUUCUGGCUAAGAGCAAAGAGCUACAGAAACUCAUCAAUAUCUGUGGGGGCAGAUAUCACUCCCUAAAUAAUGACAAGAGAAGAGACAACACUCAGGUCCCAGAGCUGCUGAAGAAGAUAGAGGAGAUGGUGAAGAGGAAUGGAGGACAACACUACACCAACGAGAUGUACCAGGAGGCUCAGAGAAAGAUCAACGAGGAAAAGGAGAGGAAGAGACAGGAAGAGGAGAAGAUAAAGAGAGAGAGGAGACAGAAGGAGGAAGAAAGCAGAAGAAGAGAAGAGAAAUUGACUGAAUGCAACUGGUCAGCGCUUGCCAGUAUGGCUGCAUUGGGGUUGGGAGCCGUGUACGGCUCUCCGGUGUCGUUAGCAGCAGGGGCUGCAGUAGCCGCUUGGAAAGGUUAUGAAUGCAUGGGCACCUAUUUCAAAUCAGGUUCCACCUCAAAAGAGAAGAAGGAGUAAGAUUUCCACAUCCACCAUCUCAGAUUGUUUUGAAAUGAAGAUUAAUUAUUUUGUUAUAUAAUAUAAAUAUAAUUUGAUCUCUGAGAAAUUUUGCUAAUUUAUUGCGCCCAAAUUGUCCCUUUUAAUUAAUAGGAUUCAUAUACUAUUCAAUAAAUAUAGUACCCAACAUCUGAUCUGGAUCACUUUUUUUCCCAACAAUGAUUAAGAAAAAAUAAUGGUCAAAAGCCUCAGAUCAGAUGUUGGAUAUUAUGCCUUGCUAUGUGGAGGGCGGUCAUUUGCAUCCCCCCAAUGGUCCAAAUGUGGAAGCCGUACCCUUGCCGAUGUGGUCAGUAAUGGUUUGAGGACAUUCAGAGAUUUGAAAGAUACAUACACAUUACCAGGCAACCCUUUUUUAAUUUAACAAUUUAAUUUGUGGUACUUUUAAAAACCAUUUUGCUUCAGCUGGCCAAAUAUUUGAAAGGAUAAUCUCUGAAAAUGCAUAUCAUUCUACUGGAGAGAGUCCUCUAGUCACCUCACCUUGUAGAUAAUGAUGCACUAACAGACUCACAUACUUUAUUUUCAUUCCAACCAUUUGAUGUCUAUGAUGUACUAAGUACUUUGCUAAAGAUUGUAAAAAAGUCAAACAAAUCCAUAGAGGGUGAUUCACAUAAUCCCUUCUUACUUUCACUUAUCACAGAACCAUUGAUAUAGUUUAACUUUACAAUUGUUUAUCCCGAAGGUCUGGAAAACGACACAUAAAGGAGGAGAUCCUUCUGACUUAGAUAACUACCGUCCAAUUUGCAAAUGAUCUUGCCUUUCCAAAGUUUAGAAUCCCUGGCCAACUGUCAGCUAAGAACUUUUUUUACUUCUCACUCUAUUCUUAAUGUGCACCGAUCCGGUUUUAGACCUGGACAUAACACAGUUUCAGCUGCUAUGCUUGUUUUAGAUGUGUUCAAUUGCUUAGAUCAGAAAAAUUAUUGUGCUGCCUUUCCAAGGCCUUGGACACUAUUGACCAUCACACUAAUUCAAAGGUUGACUGAAAUAGGCCUGAAUCAGGCUUCUUGAAAGUGGUUUGAGAAUUAUCUGUCAGACAGGACUCAAUGUGUUAUUUCUGAUGGUGUCAAGUCUAGUUUCUUGGUACUGGGACCUGUUCUCUUUACUAUUAAUAUAAAUAAUAUUGGUCUAUCUGUUAAAACUUGUAUUAGUCAUCUGUAUGCAGACAUCACUGUUAUGUAUGCCAUUGCUCCAACUGUUGACCUUUGGAUGCUGUCUACCAUAGCGCCCUUCGCUUUAUCACAGGUGACAGUUUUAAUACUCACCACUGCAUCCUGUAUUAAAAGGUUGGCUGGUCCACAUUAAAGUCC